ACCGGAAGGCAACCGUGGCGUUUUACACCUUGGGUAAGCGGAAGUGUUCUCUUGAUACAUUUUUUUUUUUUAGCCGGAUAACUCAUCCACGGAGCCCAAGUUUCACACGUUUUUCCCGCUUACCGACGACACAACUUUAAUGCAGCAAGGUCUUACACAGAAGAAUAUGGAAGAGAUAAAGACCGAGCCUGUGGAUUUUGUGAGGGAGUUUCAAGAAUACCUGACGCAGCAAACGCAGCACGUCAACAUGAUUUCAGGCUCUGUGUGCGGAGAGGCAGGCGAGCCGCCGUACCAAGCAGUUGCCCCCCGGAGCGAGCAGAUUGGUCUCGACUCUGCGCCUGUGGAGGUGAACCUGCCGGUAGAGGAUGGACCAGAUGUACAGAUGGACGGCCUGGAGAGGACCUGCGAUGGGAAAUACAAGUGCAGCUACUGUAAUUAUGCCAACAAGGGCAUGGCUCGGUUAAUAGAGCACAUCCGCAUCCACACGGGAGAAAAGCCUCACCGCUGCCAGCUCUGCCCGUUUGCUUCAGCGUACGAGCGACACCUUGAAGCCCACAUGCGCUCCCACACGGGAGAGAAACCAUACAAGUGUGACCUCUGCGCCUUCCGCUGUAGCGACCGCAGCAACCUGUCGCACCACCGCCGCCGUCGCCACAAACUCCUCCCCAACCGAGUUGUCCGCUCUUCCUUCUCCAACAAACGCAUGUUGAGCUCCCUGCAAAAGAGGACCGGCUCACUGGGCUUUAGCAGGCGGCUGCUCAUCAACUACAACCCUCCCUCUUUGAUGAUGCCAAAGUCGGAUUACCUGAGCGAUUUUCCUCAUAAGAUCCACCACCAUUUGAACAGUGCUGAGUAUAAGAACCAUGACAGCGAUGAGAACGACGGCCUCAUCAGAAGUUCUAAUGGUCUGACUUUUAACAACCCGCUGGACCAGUUGUCUACACUUGCAGGCCAGCUGGCAGACCUUCACCCUGAACCUCAAACUCCUGCGUCCCCAGACAGAGAGUCCUUAAUAGAAGAGAAGCCCAUCCUCAUACAUCAGAUCUCGAAUGAACAUGUUGCGAUGUGUUCCAACGGAGUCCAGACUUCACCUCCUAACAAAGAGUCUCCCACCUCGGGCCACGGGAGCUUCAGUCCUGUUCCCGCCCUGGGCUUUGAAAGCAGCAUGAACACUCUGACUGCGAGUGCAAGCAGCAGCCUGCCGGGCACGCCCGCCCUCCCUGCGCAGACCGCAGCGGAACAACAGCUGCCACAGAAAUGCCGCCACUGUGAUAUUCACUUUCUGGAUAACAUACUCUACACCAUUCACAUGGGCUGCCACGGCUAUGAGCAUCCAUUUCAGUGCAACAUCUGUGGCCACAUGUGCACAGACAGAUACGACUUUGCUUGUCAUUUCGCCCGUGGACAACACAAAAAGUGAUUCCUUGCAGCACAGAUGCACCGGGUGUCUUAGAUACUUUUGUAUGGUGCUUGUACAGCAUUAAAAUAGUUGUGCUGAUUUAGAUUUUUUACUUUUUUUGAUAGUUUCUUAUUUAUUUUUUUGUUUGAUACUCAUUAACUGCAAUACAUUGUUGCCUCACAACCUUCUCUAUGGCUCCCAACCUUUGUGCUUUUCAUAUGAGUUAUGAUUGAUCCAUACACCAUCCUGCUUUACAUCAGUCGGGAAAAUACUGAUUGAAGCCCACAAAGUGUUGUCCUACAUUCAGUAUUAGUGAGGGCUGUUUGAUCGUUAACCUACUUUGCCAAUGCAGGUGCAUGAUAUGAUGUGAUUUUAAUAUGCACACAUGAUGUUGCAUAUUUAUGAUGUGAUAUGUUUUGGGGGAGGGAUUUAGUUUUUUUUUUCUCUCGGUAUCAGCAGGUCAACAGAGUAAACUCGACUCUUACAGUGAGUCAUUGUUAGUAAGCGGCUUGUAUGCGAGACAUCUCAAAUAAAGGGAGAAUGCAAAGUGUUCCGUGGCAGACAUCAUGAGCUUCACACGCUCUGCAUUCAUUGUGCAGCAGAUAAUAAUGUUCUUUUUGUCCACAUUCUUAAACUGUCCAUCACUGGUUUAUUCAAAGCCUUUCUCUGUUAGACUCUUAAAUGGGAUGUUCAAAGACUGGCAGCUGAUUCUGUGUUCAAGACAACAUUGUGUCUAUGUCAUGAAGCCUCCUUGUAAUUCUUGUCUCGAUAUUUAUUUAUACCUCACUCCAUAAAGUGCAGAGGAUUUCUACUAAAAUGUGAAGCCUUAAUUUUUUUAAAUGUUUUUUUUUUUUUAAAGGUUUAUUUGGGGGCUUUUUAUGCCUUUUAAUGUAGAGCUAGGACAGUGGAUAGAGUCAGAGAGAGAGUGGGGAAUGAAAAGCAGGGAGGGGAGCCAAAGGUCGGAUUUUUUUAACCUGGGAACGCCCGCUUGGAGGAUUAAAGCUGCAUUCAUGUGGUAUCCGGACACACCGGGAAAACGAGUUCCCCAGCUCAAGUCGGAACAACAACUCGGAAACUCUGGGGAAAAAAUGAAGUGUCCAACUUGCCGACAUAUUCGUCAUCACAUGGGGGCGGCAAAAUCUGUUUUGUUAAUGUUAAGAUACUUUUUCAUGAAUUCAUGUAUUGCACAUAAACUUUUGCUAGAAAACAUUCACACAUCUUUGUACCAUCCACACUUUGUUUAGAAGUUGUUAUAGCAUUCCAACUUUCAAAACUGAAAUCAUGUGAACACACUGAAGUCGGAAACUGGGACCUCCAAGGAGCACAUGAAUGCAGCACAUAGCCGCCGUACAUGUGGCGUGCAAUAACCACUAGGCUUCCGCGCUCCAAUUUCCCUCUUGUUUCUAGUUUGUACACAUGAAACGGUCUUCUAUAAUAACUUAUACAUGACCAUGAGCAGUUUUAGUGAUGUUACUAUUACCACUUUGUUUUUGUACAGACACUGUGAGAGGAGUUUUCCCUUUAAUUUAAGUUGUUUAAUUGUGUCGAUUUUUAAGACCGCUACAAUUCCGUUACUUAUUUGCUAUUACUUGUUUGUUUGUGUUUUUUCUUGUCAUGGGUAGAGGGAAAUGUGGAAUAAAGGGCUCCCCGCUUUCAAGUUUUAA